UCUCGUCAUGGUGACGGGAAAAACAGGAUCCGAAAAUAUUCGCUGGAGACGAAGAAGAUACAAGCGACAACGUUGAACUCACAAGCUUCUGCUGGUUAUGGUUUCGCAGGUUGGGACCUUUGGAACGAGGUAGAGGGUUUGAGUAGUUUUAAAUAAUAGAACAUUAUCCUCUGUCUCGUCUUCUCUGAGUUCAAUUACUACCAAAGUAUUCCUUUCUCUUUUCCUUGUCCUCCGGCUAAAUCUCCGGAGAUGUAUCCGGCGGAGCGCUCUGACAACUUCUCUGUGUCCGCUUGCUUGGCGUGAAAGCUGAUGAGAGGUUAGCUAUCGUGAAACUUCUGUCUGAUUACCCCACGGAACAAAUCAGAGAUCCGUAAUCAAACGAAGGCAGUUCAAGAGAAAUGGUGAGAGGACAAAGUACCGAGGUUAAUCAGCAGUCUCUUGCAGGAAUCUGCUGUUCCUGGGAUUGAUAUGAAACAAAUCGUGUUUGCCCGUUUGUUGAGUUGUGUAUAAGGAAUCCAGAUUGUUCUACCCUGUUGUCGGUUUCAGCUAUGCUACCUGGUGGGUUGAAAGAUACCCAAAUCCGUGAGACCAACAGCCAAAAGGUCCAUCCUCAACCCAUGGAAGAAUCUAUUAACCAGAAGCCGGAAGCAAUGGAGGCACUGAUUUCAAAACUAUUUACGAAUAUCUCAUCUUUGAAAUCGGCCUAUAUCCAGCUUCAAACUGCUCAUACACCCUAUGAUCCUGAAAAGAUUCAGUCAGCAGACAAGCUUGUGAUUUCUGAGCUCAAGAGUCUUUCAGAACUCAAGCACUUAUACCGGGAGAAUAACCCAAAACCUGCAUGUGUCUCCCCUCAAGAUUCUCGAUUAGCUGCAGAGAUCCAAGAGCAGCAAAGCCUCCUGAAGACAUAUGAAGUAAUGGUGAAGAAAUUUCAGUCGGAGAUUCAGAACAAGGACUCUGAGAUCAUACAGCUGCAACAGCAGAUCGAAGAAGCGAACCAUAAGCGGGCAAAGCUUGAGAAGAAUCUGAAGCUGAGGGGCCUGUCCACAAGAGAAUCAGAAGGUUUUGUGGUCGGUAAUGGACAUUUUACUGUUGACUUAACCCCCGAGCUCUUCAUAUCAUUCUACGAAGCUGUUUCUAAGGCUGUCCAUGAUUUCUCCAAGCCGCUGAUUAACAUGAUGAAAGCUGCUGGAUGGGACCUUGAUUCUGCUGCCAAUUGUAUUGAAGCUGAUGUUUUUUAUGCCAAGAGGGCUCACAAGAAGUAUGCAUUCGAGUCAUACAUAUGCCAAAGGAUGUUUUCUGGGUUUCGGCAGGAAAAUUUCUCAGUCGAAUCAGACAGUUCAUCAGUUGAUGCAGAAGGGUCAUUCCGCCAGUUUCUUGCUCUAAAGGAUAUGGAUCCACUUGAUGCCCUAGGUCAAAACCCGGAUUCCAUUUUCGGUAAAUUUUGCAGGAGCAAGUACCUCAGCCUGAUCCACCCGAAGAUGGAAGCUUCUUUCUUUGGAAAUAUGGACCAGCGAAACUACGUUAUGGGGGGUGGCCACCCAAGAACUGCAUUCUACCAGGCGUUCUUGAAACUUGCUAAGUCGGUCUUGCUUCUGCACAGGCUAGCCUAUUCCUUUGACCCGGCUGCCAAGAUCUUCCAAGUGAAAAAAGGAUGUGAAUUCUCGGAUGUGUACAUGGAAAGCAUUGUGAAGAAUUGUGUUAUGGAUGAGGAGCAAAGUCCAAGAGUCGGUCUCAUGGUUAUGCCUGGGUUUUGGAUUGGUGGCAGUGUGAUUCAGAGCCGGGUUUAUCUCUCGGACAUGAAGGUGUCUGAAUGAUACUUAUGGUCUGGUACCAAUGUCUAGUCUGAUUGUUCAGAAUCAAACAAGCUAUUACCUUACCAUCGUCAAUACGUCUCCUUCAUUGUAAUGCUUUGAUUUGCUUGCGUGGCCGUUUCCACGAAGGAAAAUCCAACGAUGAUCGUCUCCAAUAGGCCCAGCGA